AUGCCCAGCAGCGAGGACUCGCGAGCAUCGAGCCACAACACGUGGACGCUGGACGAGUUCGCCGAUCUGGUGACGGCCUGGGAGCUGGCGACGUCCCGACCACGCGACGCUAACGCGCAGACCCUGCACGACGCCGUGUUUAAGCACUUUGUGGCUCUACGGGGCGGUUCCACACGACGUAACAAGGCGGCGCUCACCAGUAAACGCAGCGCACUCAAAUUCUCCUACCUCUACAUUCGAGACUUUGACAAUGAGCAGAAAUUGAAGAAACUACCAACAUUUUUCGAGUUGCCAUUCUCCAAACGGACGGAAAUUCUGAGUAGCUGGAAGAAAAUCAACUCGAGUCUAGUAGAGAUCACCCACGUGAUGUUCCAAGGACUAGGAAGGAUCGUAAGCAAAGGAGGAGACGACGAGCCUGUGUUACCUAUUAGAAAACGCCAAAAAGAGCUGCAAGAAGCCACAACCACGACCAGAAUGGAGACCAGACCAACGCGAGCUUCUGCGGCUUCGAACGCCAGUUCUACGCCAAGUCCUACGAGUUCAAAGACUAAAAAGAAACACCCGGCAACGGCUCGGUCAACGAGCAACCCGUGGUCCUCUGAAGAGAUGAAGCAACUGGUUAAAGCCUGGGGGAUAGCAGCGCAGAUAGUUUGUGAUAGUAAUUCGGGGGAACCGAUGUCCAUUGUGCACGAGAUGUUCCGACAGUUUGAGAUCUUGCAAGAUGGCAAGAACGUACGCAACUUAUCGGGCCUAGCAACACGACGUAGAGUGCUGAAGCAGUCGUACUCUAGGAUUUCGGCCUUUGACAAGAUCCAGGAGAUGAAUGGAGAGCCGAAAUUCACGGCUUUACCCGUGGCAACAAGACAGAGCUUGAUGCGGUCGUGGAAGAACGCCAACUUGUUGGAUUUGUCGGCGGAAAUGUACGCGGACUUGCACCAUAUCAUCGCGCUGGACACCCGAGCGGUGGCUCUGGAAGAUAUGCGUCGUGCGAAAGCCACAGGGUCUAAUGUAUCGAGCUCAAUGACUGGAAGAGCUGGGAGGAAACCAGGGAGACCGUCGAAGAAGCAGAAAACGAUGCGGGAUGACGAUGAUGAAGUGGCCAGCAAUUUCUCGUCGCAACCACCGAGUGUUGCUGAUAGUGAAGAGGAGAAAGCGGUGAUUCCCAUGAUGGUAAUUCAAAGCAAAGAGGAGAAGGCGUCUAGAGUUUACGACACAGAAAACCGAACUGACGCUACUAAUUUGUCAGUGAGCGAUGAUCGGAACGCAACGAUAGCUCCAAAGCCAAGUGUCGCCGCAACAAGCCAGAUUAUUCCUCGACAAGGCACUGAAAGGAGUUCACUACCCACCGUUAACCAAGAUCAUAACACUGUACAACCGAUUGCUGCAGCUCCUGCUUCUGUCCAAGCUGACAAGAUGAUCCCUGAUAACGCUUCUACCCAAGACCGCGUCCAGCAGAAGACGCUGGCACCAAAGCUUGUUCCUAGUCCGAUUGAAGCUGUUCUAUCAAGCAGCAAUCCGAUAGCGACACUGGAUGACGACGCUCCUAAGACUCCAGGCCGAUGGGGGAAACGGAAGCGCAAGGUGCAUCCGGACGGCCCCAAUGGCCAUUUGUGGGAGAACAAGGAGCUCCAGCUCCUGAUCAACGCGUGGGAGAAAGCAGCCAUUCUCGUGUGUAACAGCAAUCCGUCAGAGCGACUGUCCCUCAACAGAGAGAUGUACCGUGAGUUCGUGGAGAUGCAGGGUGGCUACUCCGUACGGAACAGCACAGCCCUUGCAGCACGACGCAGUUCUCUCAAGUUUUCGUACGCUCAUAUUCGCGCGUUCAAUGAGUCCCAGAAGGCCAAAGGUGAGCCUUCUUUUCACGAAAUUCCAGAUGAUACACGCAUGAAUUUACUGCGGUCAUGGAAGAACCGCAAUUCGGUGGACCUGACGAAGGAAAUGUACGACGGAUUGGGGCGUAUCCUCGCUAUGGACGAGAAACUGGCUCAAGUUCGCAGCAUGCGUCCGCCUCCUCAUGCUAAACCCAAGAAAACAGCCAAGAGCGCGAAAGAAACGACCGAUUCCAAGUCUUCUGAUCCGAAUCACGCAUCUAAAACAGCCAAAUGGGCCACAGAGGAGACGUCGGACUUGAUAAAGGCGUGCGCAGACGUCAUGAAUGUCCCGACCGACAAGGAAUUGUCACAAACUGACCGUGAAUCGUUGAUUUUUGACGCUUUCGUGGUCCGUCGAGAGAAUGCUGGAGACACGGACACGCCUAUUCGACGCGAUCUGCGGUCAAUGGCGCAACAAUGGAGGUAUAUCCUGGCUUCGUACUCGUAUAUCAAGGCGUGCAACGACAGUCGCUCGGAAGAUGAGAGUCCGUCUUGGUUCGAGAUGUCCCCCGUGCAGAAGCGAGCCUACCAGCAGUGUACCAACGUCCCGUUAAAGUUUGUGGAUCUGGACGAAGAUAUGUUCGCUCUGGUCACCAAAACUUCCUUCAUGGGUGUACCCACGCCAACGGAGCCGUCUCCUGCUGUUAAAGCUCCCGCCGAAGGGAUCUCGUUGCGUCCGCGAUCAACGCGAAAGCGAACGGAGGCGUUCUGGUCGUCCGAUUCCGAGUCGUCCGUGUCUGAAGUCCCGACGCCAGAGGGUCAAAGUGGCAGCACUAAAGACCCCACGUUUACGGCGGGCAAGAAGCGCAACAAUUGGCCUGCAGAGGAGAUCUGGAACCUGAUCCAAGCGUGGGAAGAAGCGUCGGAAAUGACCAAGAGCACCAAGUUGACGGCUGCUAUCCACGAAGCCUACGCUCUGUUCAUGAAGCGAGAGGGUUCAGCUAACAGGAAUCGCACGCUGAACAGUGUACGCAACAAAAUGAUCGCGUUGAACGCGUCUUAUGGCAACAUCGCGGCGUUCAUCGCUGAGCGUGGCGACAGUUCGUGGUUCAAGAUGACGCCAGAAGAGCGACUGGUUGAGAUCCGGAGCUGGGGGAACAAGACGGUGAUCGAUCUUAACGAAGAAAUGUUCAACUCUAUGACGCGGAUCUUGGACAGGAAGGCGAGCGGAGCUGACGACAAAGCUGCGAAGCGUAAGCAUGGGAAACUAGCGAAGAACGAUACAAAGGAGCAGAGCCAUGUCGGUCAGAAACCUGACAAGUAUGUGGCUGCGAAUUGGAGCAAAGAAGAGCUGCUUAAACUCGGUGAAGCGUGUGGGGAGUUACUGGAAGGAAGACGCAGUCGUCGCUAUGUGUUCGAAGAGGAGAAGGAUCGAUUCUUCCGGAAAUAUGAAGAGCUGGGCGGUACGAACUCUCUGGUUGCAGCUGUGGGCCUAGCGAGGUUCGUUCUGGACUCGUACGAGUUCAUUUACUUCUACGACCAAAAGGCAGCGGAGACCAAGUGCUUGUCUUGGUUUGAGCUGGACUUGGAAGACCGGGAUGAGAUCACGAACAGAGUGAGCAAGUCGUAUCGCAGCUUCAACGGGCUAACCACUGUGGACGAACAGAUCUACGACGUGAUUGACAAGAUCGAUGCCAAGUUACGGGUCAAACUGGGAGAGACGAAGAAGAAGACGUACAAGCCUCCGAACGAUGCGUCAUCUUCUCGAUACGUCGACAUUGAGGCUGUUGUGGAACGCUGCACUUACAAGAAGAAGAACCACUCAGUGUCGAAGAAGGCUGACGUUGCUGUACAUGAGGACGAGGAUGAAGAAGACUCGGAAUCCUCUGAAGACGAGGCUUCAGACAGCGACUCGAGUGCUCCAGUCGUGAUCUCUCGUUCAGUUCCGCCUCGAGUUCGUCGUGAUUCACACGCGAGUGCCUCGACACGGACGUCUCGUAAGCGCUCAAGAGCUGAAGACGUCGAAGGUUCGUCGACCUUGUACCUCACAGAGAUCAUUCAACAGCAGAACAGCAAACUGGAAGAAGCCGUCAAGCGGUUUCGGAAGGAAAGCGCCGUAGCUCGUAAGGAACACCACGAGUUCUUGCUACGGAAGAUCCAGGACAGCUUCCCCGUCGACACUGGCCAUGGUUCCUUUUUGGAGCGAGUGGCUGAGCGACAAGGAGAGAUGUUGGCUGAUCUCUUCCAGGCACUGCGCUGGCAAUGCGACGCGGAGAAGAAGAAAGACGAAGAAGUGUUGCGGCAGUUGUUCGGACGGGCGUAA